CUGGUGAUCCAGUUCACCGCCAUGUUGUUCCAUCGCUUCGGCACGCUCUCGCACAUCCUGGCCUCGGCUGAGCUCACGCUCUGGAACAAGAAGGUGGAGGACCUCUCCCAGGACGCGCUGCUCGACAAGCACGCGGUGGACAUCGUGCGCAACCUGCAGCGGCUGCGCGGCAUCGACGGCGACUACGACAACGACUCGGGCUCGUCGGCGGACCGCGUCGGCCACCGGCGCACCAUCCACAACCUGGAGAAGCAGCGCCAGAAGAAGCGCACCAUCGGCACCCUGGACGUGGCCUUCAAGAAGCGCUUCUUCAACAUGAAGGAGGGCGGCGCCGCGCCGGGCACGCCCGUCCUGGGCCGCAAGCUGACGAUGCGCCAGGAGACCAUCAAGGCGCUGGAGACGCGGCGCAACUCGGUCAUGGCGGAGCGGAAGAAGUCGCACAUGCAGACGCUCGGGGCGGCGCACGAGUACGGCGUGACGGCGGGCACGGCGCUGUCCUCGGGCGGCACCCUCGUCGGCGGCUCCGUCCUCGGCGGCGGCCUCGGCGUCGUCGCCACGCGCAACCACCGCAACUCGGUCGCCUCGAUGAACGUCAAGGACCUGUUCGACGGCGUCCACGGCGGCCAGGUGAACCGCGCCUACGAGCCCGCCGGCUACGAGGCGGGCGGCGUCGUGUCCGAGGACGAGAUGGACGUGGUGCCGGGCAACGGCAGCGCCAUCCGCAUGCACAACGUGCGGAACAACGUGAGCUGGCGGGAGCAGGCCGACGCGCACCCGCGCUCCAACAGCCGCAUGUGAGCUCCGGGGCCAAACACAACCUAGACGCAUUUCAAUUUUAUUAACUUAUUUUUUCUCUCCUUUUUGUGUAAUUUUUACGAAUUUUUGUUUGUU